AACAUGCGGCACACAAAUGUUUACACAGGAAAGGAUGGAUGUAUGGGUACAACGUGUAUAUUAAAGUAAUCUUUCUUAGUGAGUUCGUAUCAUUCUUUAAGAUAUGGAGAUUUUAGGAAGCACAUUCGAUGAUUCUGUCUUUGAGGAAUCAAGAAAUAGGGUGUCGUCAGCUCUUCCCACUUACAACGCCAAGUUCUGUGAGCCUGAGUGGUUUUCUGAAGAUCCGGAUACUGAGGAUAUGUUGGAGAAACAGAAAGCUUUCAAAUUUCGGGCGGACCUAGCAUACAGACGAAAGCAAUAUCAGACUGCCUUUAAUGAUUACACAAGCUGCCUGUCACUCAUACCUGAUGGAAACAUGUCCAUCAGACGUGAUGUGCUUGAGGGGAUGGUGCGCUGCUGUUGCCAACUGGGCAGACGAGAACAAGCGCAAGAGGUGACGGAGAAGCUUAGAAAAGAAGCGUCCAAUACCUGCCACCUCACCUGCGUCCUGCAAAUGGACCUCAGCAUCUUUGAACAUUUUGGAGACCCAUUAGCCUCCAUAGAUGCCCUGCAGCAGCUCUGCUCCCUCCACCCCUUUAACCCUUGGCACUGGCACAAGCUCGCCUCCGUCUGCCACACCCUAUUGGACACCGUCUGUGCCACUCCGUCACCCUGUGCUGCUUCGGCCAAUCAGGCCAGGGGACCUUUGAGUCAGGAGGCGGGGAAAGUCUCUUUUGAGGGGGAAAGGGAGCUGUGGCUGAAAGCCUGCAUGGGCUUCAUUCGGACAAGGCUCCUGAUUGCCAUCCUGCGCGUCCAGCAGUCGUCGUUCGUGCUGCAGACCAGCGAGCGGGUGGUGCUGGAGGCGGAGGAGGCCCUGCAGAGGCUGCGCCCCCCAGAGAGCACGCUGCAGACCAUCGCACAGGUGCUGUCAGAAGAUCUCAACCCGGAGAAGAUGAGGGAGGAGAACCAGGAUGGUGAGAGUCUGGUUGGUCUUGCAGCAAAGGACUUUGAGGAGAGGUGGUGGAACAAGCUGGUGUGUGCAGGCUUGUUGCAUAAGGAGGAGGAGCAAGGCAGUGUUGCAAAUCAAUGUAUACAAGCUACCAGGUGAUUUGGGCUUGCCAGGACAUAACAUGAAUGUAUUUAUUAAGGACUUAAUGUAUUACAGACCUAUUUCGUGUGUGUGUGUGUGUCAGAGAGAGAGAGUGUGUGAGAGCACAGUUUGUGACAAAUCAUUUUUUAUAAAUACAUUGAAUGGAAGCAUUGAAUAGCCGUGGAUUCAGGCUUAUCACGUAAUUGAAUCUAUCUUUUAAGAUCUACAAUAAAGUGAUUGCUUUUUCAACAAUGAA